CACAUGUGACCAUCCCUCAUCAUCAUACAUCAGACAGGAGUUUCUGUUCUGUAAUUCUUAUUGUGGAGUGCCUGUCGUGGGGGCUUGGUAACGGGAUUUUACUGGUCAGGUAAAUCAUUUAUUUAAUUGCUUUAGGUUCCAGAAUAGUAACACAAAAUUUAUAGAAAACAAUGUAUUUCUAUUGAAUGACUAGUUACAUCUGAGUAUUUGUAGAAAUUUUUUGAGGAAUGGGUAGGAAUGUAGGUGCCUCCCUUGUGCUUCGUCACAUGCACAAUCAUCUAUAUAAUGCAAAUCCUUAGCGUCAGGAUAUGCAUGAGACAGAUGAGAUGCACUGAGCGUCAGAUGCAACGACAUGUUCUGAGCAUCAGGCACAUGCUAAUUACUGGUGUUUUUAUUCAUACCCUGAACGUCAGGUGUACGAGAGAUGCUCUGAGCGUCAGGAGCAUCGACACUCCUGAGCGUCAGGCGCAUGUUUCCUAUUCAAGUGCUGCUGAUUAAGAUUGCCUGAGCGUCAGGAGCACCUUAACGAUACGUAUCAUUGAAGGGACUCGUGCUAAAAAAUUUUUACACAUGAACGUUUUGAAAAAACUUUUAUGAAUUUUGAUUUUGAAAGUUAGGUAAACCAUUUUUUAAUCUUUUUUUAUCUAGUAAAUUUAAAAGUGUCACGCCCACUUUUUCUCGCGCAUCUUUGGAAUCUUUUCUCUUUUGUGUAAUCGGCCAACUCAAUUCAUCAUCUAUAAUGAUGGUACCUUCUAGCUGCGUUGCUUCGCAACUUUGUGUUUUACCAAUAUUCAAAUAGAUAUUUGUCUCACUUUUCUCCAACGCAACUCUCUCUACGUUUUUCUUAUCACUGUCGCCCCGUUCCAUACUUUCCUUCGUUUUCGUGAGGUACAUUAACCUAUCUGACAACUUAACUGUUUGUUUUUCAAUAUUUACUCUUCUAUUUUGUGUUCUACAUUCAAAUGACUAUUUUGUUUCCCUGUGCUAUUUGUCGUAAACCUGUUGCCAGAACCCAUUGUGCAAUUAAAUGUGAUGUAUGUGAAUUAUGGUGCCAUAUUAAAUGUAACUUCAUCAGCAAGGAUAAUUACUUGCAACUACUAGAAGAAAAUGAAAAAGCUACUGAGGAAAACCUGACCACUCCCACUUGGACCUACAUGAUGUGUACGAAAGCUGCCUUGCCAUUCAUGGAAUCUUCGGAUGAAAAUCUUAAACUCACUAUGCAAGAAUGCUUAAAAAUGAAAAUUUCCUUAAAUUGUUGACAAUGCAGACAAAAUGAGCGGAUCUAUGCUUCAAACUGCAGAUGCAGUUGCACAAAAUCCUUGGAAACUUUGUUUGCUUUGUGGUCAGAAGCGUAUUUUUGCAAGUGCUAUAGAAUUCAGAAGUCACCUCAGAAUGGCUCAUUGUGUUAAAGAGGGAGGCUCGUUUAUUUGUAAAUAUGGCAGAAAUAAUGUCUGUCCCUCACUACCUGUUGAAGGUGUUCAUGAAAAGGACUAUGCUAAUCAUGUUGAAAAAGUUCAUAUAUUUUUAAAUGGGAGAGCAAAGAAUAUACAAUUAAAAGUUCCAGAGCAUUCUUCACCACCAUUUUCACCAGUAACAAAAUUAGAAGGAAGAAGCAAUUUAACUAUUACUUAUAAAGAUGACAAUUUAACUGGAAGUGACAAAACUAGUUGGACGCAGCACCCCUGUCAAAAUUUGUCAUCCGUUCUGAAUGACCCUAGGAGGAGUACAAGGGAGAGUGAUUUCUUUACCAGAAUAUGGGGUGAAUCAUUUGUUCCUCAAGGUGUUGUACCACUGACUUUACUUCCAAACACACCUAGGGAGUAUUUUGCAGAUUACUGGAAAAGAUAUGAGAUAAAAUAUAUGCAGCAUGAAAGGCUUAAAAAGGCAAAUUUGGCUCCUCAUACUGGAAAACAGUCCAAAAGCUCUAUAGACAAAAAGCUGGCAGAUAUUAGUGACAGUGGGACAAACUCUAUUCCUGAGGUGUUCUUACAACAAGAAUUCAAUCUUGAAAAUCCAGCUCUAUUCAAUGUGGUUUUACCAUGGUCUCAAAUUCAACCCAAGUCUUUAAAUCGAAAAAAUUCUGGCAGACUUCUUCAAGAAAAAUUAGGGCAUUACCUGGAUAUCACUGAAGUGAAACUCGCUCAACAAAUUGCAACCAAAUCAGAAGAUUUUUUCUGUGCAAUGAGAUCACAAAAAAAACUGGAAUGUGAAGUGCAGUCUUCUUGUCAAGAAGUACAUCAGUUGAGACAACGGUUAAUAGAAAUGAGAAACAGACUUGUUCAAGAACCUCUUAAUGUAAUGAGGUUAUUUCGUCUGCGACAUAGAUACGAAACUGUGGAGGAUAAACUAAAUUUAAUGGCAACCAUUCAUCAAACACAACCCACAAUACAACUUCUACUUUCAAACUCUGAUUUCGUUAGCGCUCUCGAUGUAAUUGAGACCUCACUGGAAGUUCUAAAACAAGAGCUACCUGGUGUACAAUGUUUUAGACAUCUUGGCUCACAGUUAACAGAAAUGAGACGUGUCAUUGAAAGAAUGAUGACGGCUGAUUUCCUGGAUUUCGCCCUUGCUAUUUUGAAUCAUCCUCAUUCUGAUAAUGUGAAUGCAAUGUAUCAAGAGGAUCGAUUGCUGUCAGUUGUACUUGGUUUAUUACAUCAACGACAACUUAACUUUCUGCAUCUUUAUAAAACUGAAGCUUUUUCAGUACUCAAAUCCACUAUUAAACAGACAGCACAUGACGCUGUUCCUGAGGACGCAGAACAGUCAGAAGAGCAAUGUGCCAAAUUUGGUGAUUAUAUUCGCUCAUUGGACCACAACGAAUGGUUAAUGGUGCUGGAAGCUGUUUUUUGUGUUGUGCUUCAAAUCCUGAGAAAUAUGAAGGUUGUUCACGAAGGACUGUCCGGUGUGUUUACGUUGGCUGCUGGGGUAGGUAGAGAGAAGAAAAACGACUCUGAUGACGAGUAUUUAUUAGUCGAAGACAAUGUAAAUAUAUUUAUGGAACAAUCUGAAUGUGACAAGUUAACAAAUGAAAGUAAAGACAUUUUGUGUUCAGCUUGUGAGCUGGCUCAAACUCGGUGCUCUAAAGUCAUCAUCAUGAGAGCCAAGGGUGGUCUUUUGGACAAACUAUCUUCAAAAGAUUUUGUUGUGUUAGCAAAGAUUGUUGAGAAGUUUGCUUCGGAUUGUGAAACCGUGUCUGGCAGGCAGUCCCAUAACUUGCGUGGCACUCUACUAUCGCAAGCUAAAAAUUUUAUAAGUAGGUUCCACGAAGAAAGAAAACAUAAAUUAAGUAAUAUAUUAGACAUCGAAAGAUGGCGACAGGCUGAUGUGCCGACAGAAAUUCAAAAUCUUGUAGAUUCUAUUGCAUCAGGUUUAGAAAAAGCUAGCACAAGGAAAGUGUAUGCAGAAGAAAAUACAUCUGCUUCUUCCUUGAUUGUACAAGGUCAACGUUUUUCAGUUGUUGGGACAUUGUUAAUCUUGAUGAAAAUGGUUGUCGAAUAUUGUCAAUGUGUGGACGACGUUCCCAUGUUGGCAACAGAUUUAUUGACAAAGCUGUGCGAAAUACUAAAGCUUUUUAAUUCUCGUUCCUGUCAAUUAGUAUUGGGCGCUGGUGCCCUUCAAACGAUAGGAUUAAAAACCAUAACAGCUAAACACUUGAUUCUGGUGGCACAAUGCUUAGAAGUUGUCAUCAGACAUAUUCAUAUUAUAAAGAAUCAUUUCGAAGUUCGUAUUGCGCCGAGGCAAUUUGUUUUGCUGUCCCAGUUCGAUCAAAUAUUAAAGGAUUUUAGUAAUCAUCGUUAUGAAAUAUUAAAUAAAAUAGUAAACCUUAUGGAGGGAGUGUUCAGAUCACAUCUAGAAAACUACGAGUUGCGUCCACCCAUGCCAUCCAAAGUAAUGCGCGCAGUUGUGAAACAGAUCAUCAAAUUACGUGAAAGUCUUGCACUGAUCUUGGAUGGUCAGCAAUUAGAGAAUCUAUUUCGUGAUAUUCGGCGUUGCUUUAAAAAUUGUUAUGCAGAGACUUUAGCAGAUUUAAAAGUGAAAAAUGAUGGCAGCCCUCAACAUGGGCUGGUAACAUCAGAUUGUGUUUUCUACCUAUCCAGUCUAAAUCAAUACUCUGGUUUUACAGACUUAACACAUAAUUUUGAUGAUUUGUGGAACAGCGUAAAAGAAAAAAGAACGAACUUUCAUUUGCAAGAACAAAAACUUAAAUCUACCAAUAAACAAACGUAUACGAAACAGCCAAAAUAUCCGUGACGAUGAACAUAAUCGAAUGUCUGUCGUAUACACUCUGUUUUUUUAUAAACAUACGGUAAAUUUCCACCUAGGCUCAAUAAGCUUAACAAUUUGUAUUAUUUUGAGCCUGAACUUAUGCUUAUUCCAAUCCAUAGAUAAUGUUUUUUGACACGGUCGUGUUUUCAAUUUUUUCAAUUCGGAUGUAUCUUUAAGAAUUUGAACGUUCUGCGCAUGUUGUUUUGAACGUUCUGCGCAUGUUGUUUUGAACGUUCUCCGCAUGUUGUUUUGAGUUGGCUUGCAGAAUAUUUAGUAUCCAAUUUUGAUGAGUUAAAAUUUGAGCUGCAAGCGUCAUGCUUAUAUUUGGGGAUUGUUGAGCUUACGUAUGCUUAAUAAACGUUAUGCUUAUAGAAAGAAAUGACUGUGUUUAUCUUCUCGGAUGUAGCCGAUUUUAAAGAAAUAGAUUUUCAUUAGCUCGA